CAAACACAAAAUUCUAGUUCAAGGUUAAGCAAAACUUAAAUCUUCUUGUUUACUAAAGGUGUAAGUAGAAAUGGAUCACGACAAAUAUCGUUCCCACUUAAAUGAUGAAGGGGAGAAGAACACCAUAUGGAGGUUUGGUGCUCCUCCUAAUUAUGAUGCUGUUAACAAGCUUUUUGAAGAAGGCAGAACUAAGGUAUGGCCUCCUGGCUCACUUGAAGAAAAAGUGCAAAACCUUGUAAAGACAUGGGAAAUGGAGAUAUUCCACAAGAAAAGCUUUGAUGACAAUAAAUCAAUUGAUCCAAAAAAGUAUACUGUCAGUCUAAAUGGAAGGCAGGCAGUGAAUUUGGAAGAAAAGCGUAAGCUUGGGGGAGGCUACAACUUCUUGCUACAAACCUCUUUGCCAGAGAAGCUUCGUGUGUACAACCCAGCAGAAGAAACAGCUGAUUCAUCUCAUAUAGCUUUCACAACAGCUUUCCCUCGUGGGUUUGCUGUGGAGAUUCUCCAAGUUUAUUCAGGGCCACCAGUGAUUGUAUACAAGUUCAGGCACUGGGGUUACAUGGAGGGUCCUUUCAAAGGCCAUGCACCAACUGGGGAAAUGGUUGAACUCUUUGGGAUUGGAAUUUUCGAGUUGAAUGAACAAGAGAAAAUCAUCAAGAUUGAGUUCUUCUUUGACCGUGGAGAACUGCUAGGAGGUCUUCUGCGAGGUGCUAGUCUUGAUAGUUCCACUGAAGCGGCGGUUUCAACCUGCCCUAUCUUGAGGAGCACAGGGUAGCUUUAUAGCUUACCAAGUACUUAAUGAAUAAGGUGACCAGCUUUUUGUAACUCAAUUGGCAAAUUCUGAAGUUACUAAGGGAAACUUUUAUGUCGAUAUGUUCAACUGAAAGAAGCACGGUCUUUUGUUUUCAUUUUCAAAAUUUAGUGGUUCCACUACUAAAAAACUGGUUUGAUUUUAGCAUUUGUAUUCAGUUUUCAUUUUCAAUGCCUUAACAUUUGGAUUUGAAUACAAAAAAUAAAUAUAACUUUUCAGCAUUUUCGUUU